UAAAAAGGUUAAAAGAUAAAGAAAGGAGGGGUAAAAGAGGAGUAAAAGAUAAAAGAAGGAGGGGUAAAAGAGAAGUAAGAGAUAAAAGAAGGAGGGGUAAAAGAGAAGUAAGAGAUAAAAAAAGGAAGGGUAAAAGAGAAGUAAGAGAUAAAGGAAGGAGGGGUAAAAGAAAAAUAUUACUUAAAUAA